AUGACCAAUACACGCAAAUCACACCCCUUACUUAAAAUAAUCAACCACUCAUUCAUCGACCUGCCAACCCCAUCCAACAUCUCAACCUGAUGGAAUUUUGGCUCUUUAUUGGGUGUAUGCCUAAUUUUACAAAUUAUCACCGGAUUAUUUCUAGCAAUACACUACACCGCAGACACCACCACGGCAUUCUCAUCAGUCACCCACAUCUGCCGAGACGUAAACUACGGCUGGCUGAUCCGAUACCUCCAUGCUAACGGAGCAUCUAUAUUCUUUAUCUUCCUUUACUUCCACGUAGGGCGAGGAAUUUAUUACGGAUCAUACUUAUUCCUAGAAACCUGAAACAUCGGAGUCAUCCUACUAUUAACGGUCAUGGCAACAGCCUUCAUAGGGUACGUCUUACCAUGAGGACAGAUAUCAUUCUGAGGCGCUACAGUAAUCACAAACCUCCUCUCAGCUAUUCCUUAUAUCGGACCCACUCUCGUAGAGUGAAUUUGAGGCGGAUUCGCAGUAGACAAAGCAACCCUAACUCGAUUUUUUGCAUUCCACUUCAUCCUACCAUUCAUCAUCACAGCCCUAGUACUCGUCCAUCUUUUAUUCCUCCACGAAACUGGAUCAAACAACCCAUCAGGCCUUAACCCAAACUCAGACAAAAUCCCAUUUCAUCCAUACUACACAAUUAAAGACAUCCUGGGGAUACUCCUCAUAAUACUAGCCCUUUUAACCCUGACAUUAUUCUCUCCCGACCUCCUAGGAGACCCAGACAACUAUACACCGGCCAACCCACUAAACACGCCCCCUCACAUUAAACCCGAGUGAUAUUUCCUUUUUGCAUAUGCCAUCCUACGAUCAAUCCCGAACAAACUAGGAGGAGUAUUAGCACUAAUCUCUUCAAUCCUAAUCUUAUUACUCUUCCCAACUCUGCACUUAUCAAACCAACGCAGUAUGAUAUUCCGCCCUAUUAGCCAGUGUUUCAUAUGAAUCCUAGUAGCCAACCUUUUAAUCCUCACAUGAAUUGGGGGCCAACCGGUAGAAUACCCAUUCAUCGCCAUCGGCCAACUAGCAUCCAUCUCCUACUUCCUCACCAUCCUAAUUCUCCUACCACUAACAAAUAUACUAGAAAACAAACUACUGAAAUGAAGA